CCCUUCCUUAAUUCCUUCAGUGGCUUUCGAUUCCAUCCUACGUUUUGCGCAAAAUACCCAUCUCCUACGUUCCAGUCAAUCUUUAAUAACAACACCAACACUUACAACCACCACCACUACUACAUCAACAACCACCCACCAAACACCACAGCAAACAUGCGUUUCCAAGCUACCGUUCUCGCCGUUGCGGCCACCUUCGCUUUCGCCAGCGCCCAGGACCUCUCCGCUGUCCCUCAAUGCGCUAUUCCUUGCUUCGUCGCUGCUCUGCCCGCCUCCAAGUGCGCUGCCACCAACAUUGAGUGCCAGUGCACCACCGGCCGUCAGCCCCUGCAGGACGCCCUCAUGGCCUGCGUUCCCACCAAGUGCUCCCAAGAGGAAGCUCUUAAGAUCGUCCCUGCCGUCGCUGGCCUCUGCGCCUCCGCUGGUAUCACUCUCAGCGACAUUCCCACUGCUGCUCCCGCCGCCACCGGCACUCCUGGCAGCCAGCAGUCUGGCGCUCCUGCCACUCCUACUCCCUCUGGCUCCAAGCCCACUGCCUCUGGCACUUCCUCCGGCUCCCCUGCCCAGUCUACCGGCGCUGCUUCUGGCAACUCCGCUGCCAUUGGUGCCGUUGCCCUUGGUCUCGCUGCUGCUGCCUUCGGCUUGUAAACACCUUUUU